CUAACGUUCUCAAAGUCAAAAUCUCAGCUCAAAUCUGAGAUUUUUCUCAACUCAGAGACUGAGAUUGAGAUUUUUCUCAGUUUGGCUUUCACUAACAAAAUCUGAGAAAAAUCUCAACUUAAGACUUGAGAUUUUUCUCAGAUUUAUUGAGACAAAGGUUUGCUGUCUCAGUUUUUGUCUCAGACAAUCAAAAUGGCGCUUUCGAGAAGAGUACACCUUCGUCGUCGUCGUGACAAACGAGUUUUUAGAAAACGAUUCUCGUUAGAUGAUAUGGAUGAUGGUGAACUUAGGAAAAGAUACCGGUUUUCUAAGGCGUCCAUUUUAUAUAUAUUCGCUAUAGUAGAGAGAUUUUUGAGCAGAUCGACGAGAAGGAGCCAGUCUGUGCCGCCAAUGUUACAGCUUCUGACAGCCCUGCGGUUUUUCGCCACGGGGUCUUUCAUGCGCCUCGUCGGCGAUUCUACAGGGCUGUCAGAAUCGUCUGUUUCGAGAUGCGUGAUAACGGUUGCCAAGGCACUUGUUUCUGCAGCAAAGGAAUUUAUACACAUGCCUUCGGCUUCCCAAACAAGGGUCACAAAGGAGAAGUUCUAUCGUAUUAGUAAAUUUCCAAAUGUAAUUGGAGCUGUGGACUGUACGCAUGUUAAGAUUCAGGCCCCAACCAACAAUGAAAGUGACUUUGUUAACAGAAAAGGGUUUCAUUCGAUUAAUGUACAGAUGGUUUGUGAUGCUGAAUUUAAGUUCUUAAACUGUGUAGCAGAGUGGCCAGGCUGCACACAUGACGCGAGGGUCUUUAGGAACAGUAAACUCUGUGAAAGUUUGGAAAAUGGACAGUAUGAUGGACUUUUGGUUGGGGACUCUGCUUAUCCAUGUCGCCCUUUUCUAAUGACACCAUAUAACCAACCUAGUGACGAAAAGGAGAGGAAGUUUAAUUCAGCAUUGUGUCGGGCGAGAGUCCUUAUUGAGCAAAGUUUUGGUAUUUUAAAGAGAAGGUUUCCAUGCCUACAGGUCGGGCUUCGCAUGUUACCUGAGAGGGCUGCACUUGUCACAAUGGCAUGUGUUGUCCUCCAUAACAUUGCCAUGCAGAGGGAUGAACCUCUUGACGACACUGGCGAAGUUGACAUUGGAAAUGAUGCCAGCAAUGUUAGCCUUCCAGAACAUAACGAUGGAUCUGGAAUUCGCCAACAUUUAUGUCAAAAUUUCUUUUAAGCACAGGAAACUGACGUUUAAAACAAAACAAAAAUAUUUCAACAACCAAGGAAAUAUCACUUAUAUUAUGUAUAUAUUGUUGAAUUUUUGUUUUGUUUUAAACUUCAGGUUUCUGUGUCUGUAGGCAAGGAAACCUUCAUUAUAUAGAGGAUAUUUGUUUGUUUUGCAUGUAAUAAUGAAAUAUAUUUCACUGAGUGAACACCAGAUGCAAUAUUUUCUUGAGGGGCGUAGCCUUGAUUGAAAAUAGAAUAUCUGGAGUAUACAAAUGAAAUAUAUUUCAAUCUAAUAUGUAAAACAAAUAAAUUUUCUUUUUGUGCCCCCACUUAAAAGUGGGGCAUUUAGAUUUACCCUUGUCUGUCUGUUCGUUCUCUUUUGUCCGGCAGGUAACUAAAAAAAUAUUUGACCUAGUCAUAAAACUUUUCAGGAUUGUUGAUAAUAAUGAGCAGCUGUCCACCUGGGUAUUUUCGUGUGGAUUAUAUAGUGUUUUUAGAGUUACUGCCUGUUACUUAGUAAAAAUUUGCAAUUUUCAACUUGUGUCGCAUGUAACCCAAAAAGGAUUGGACCUAGUCCUGAAACAUUACAGGAAUGUUGAUCAGCAUGUGUAGUUGUGCACCUGGUUAUUUUCGUGUGGAUUUAUUCAGUAUCUUUUAGAGUUAUUGCCCUUAACUUACUUUCAAUUUGUGUCGCAUGUAAUUCUAAAAUUAUUUGACCUACAAUCAUGAAACUUUACAAGAAUGUUUGUUGCUCAGCAUAUGAAGUUGUGCACCUGGUGUUUCACUUGUGGAUUUUUUCUGUUUACAUAGAGUUACUGCCCUUGACUUAGUAAAAAAUUUGCAAUAUUCAACUUGUGUCGCAUGUAACUCGGAAAGGAUUUGACCUAGAGUCAUGAAACUUUACAGGAAUGUUCAAUGAUCAGCAUGUGUAGUUGUACUUGUGGAUUUAUCCAGUAUUUGUAAAGCUCUUGUCCUUUACUUAGUAAAAGAUUUUUACUUUUCAACUUUUGGCAUAUGUUGUCCAAAAAUAUGUAGUAUGGCACCUGUGUCCUAUGGACACAUUUCUAGUCAUUGCAUGCUUUUUAAGUGAUUCUAAGUAUUAUUUUACUGAUUUUGAUGCAUAUUGUUAGGUUGUGCAUUUACUUUAUGACGUCAUGACAUAAUUACGUCACAUCAUCAAUUUUGAAAUAUAGUUCUUUUGCAUUUCUCUAAUUUUUAACAUGAUGUAUGAUGACAUUGACUUUCUUUUUCCUGAAGAAGCAAAAUUUAUGUAUGACAGCAUUUAUUUUUGCCUGUUAUUAUCCCCUGCUGAAAAGCGGCCGGGGAUAUAGAAAUAGUCUCUCUCCGUCCAUCCAACCUUCUGCCGUCCAUCCUUCCAUCCGACAUUUUUUCCCGGAGCAUAUCUCAAAAAGUAUUUGAGGUAUCAACUUGAAACUUCAUAGGUGGAUAGAUCUCAUUGAGGAGUGCAGUACACAAGAAUGAUAACCUAACCUGCAUUAUUUUUCAGUUUUUGCCCUUUGUUAUUUUCAGCCAUCAGUAUUCACAUAGGCUUCAAGUCUGUAAUCACUUCAGCCAACAGUUUUAUUUACCUAAAGACCUCUUAAAAUUGAAUUAUUCUGCUCUAGUACAUAUCAUUCUUCCAAUGAGCAAACAAAUUCGGCGGGGGAUGGCCAUGUUAACAUGACUCUUGUUCAAUUUAGUUAUGGUAUUCUUUUCAUCAGCAUUCAGAUAUUGUCCAGCUACAGUGGAAAUUACAUGUUAUAAAUUUCACUAGUGGUUUGUCAGGUUAUAGGCCUCUCCUAUUUUCAACGAAAUGAAGAAAUCUAAAUGAAAACAGAACUUUUCAAUUUUCAAACUUUAUUAUGUUGAUGUUAACAUACAUUUCAAUAGACUUACUCAAGAAUUAAAGGCACAUUAUGCCUCAGAAACCUUUUAAUAUUUCCUUUAUAAAAAAAGGGCAAAUAUGAAAUAUGAGGUUCAUAACAUUUAAGAAAUGACUUUAGAGCAUGUUAGAUGUACACAAUUUUAUUGCCUGGAGAAAAUAGAGCUGAAUGUGAAAGUCUUGGUCAUACUUAUAAAAGAACUGAAAUGUAAACAAUGUAUUAUUUUUAAUUUCCAUUCAAAUUACUAAAACACUGUAAAUGUAUUUAUUGCCAAAAUAAGCAGCAGAAAAAGAAGAUUGCUUAGGUAAUUAGCAAAUGAAUAACUUAAAUACUCUUUUUUUGAAAAUAUAAGCGGAUAUCAAAAAUAAAUAAAGGACAUUGAACGAGUGUAGGUUCAGUACAAAUGUACUAAUUUAAUCGAACAAGUUGAAUAAAAUAAUAUCAUGCUAGCCUCUGGCGAGCAAAAUAUUUAAUAUUUAACAAGUUCAAUAAAUUUAGAAAUGAACUUACACAAAUGUUAUUUUCUUUUUAUCACAUAUCCUAAAUAAUAACUGAUAAUUUCUGUAAAGUUGAGAUGAAAUUAUUUGACCAAGUGAACAGUAAAAGAUAUGGAUAUCAGUUAUCUAUUUCACCAAAAAAUAUCACUUUUUGAGUGAUUUUUUAGCCGAUUAAAGCUGAUUUAGUGUUUAAAUGUACACUAACAUAACGUCAAAGACUUGUAGGCCUGAGUGAUUAAUCACAAAGUUCUUGAACAAUAAAACAUGGAUUAUUGUAGUAUUGAUAUCUAUUUCCAUUCCAUUAUGAUGAUAGAAAGAAAAUCUAUAAAAAAUUGUUUUACUACAUUGACUUUGUAGAAACCAAAACAAAUAUCAUUUUCUACAUUUUUACAACUAUUUUUGAUAAACACACUGUUAUUUAUUAAUAAUGCAAAAAUAAAUAAUAGAAACCAUAAAUUAUAUUCUUGUUGUAUUUAAUAUUUGAGAGUUUCAAGUCCAUAGCUCAUCUGAAUAUUUAUAUUCCCCAUGGCAAGGAAGUAAGCUAUAAACUAAAGAAGAUAUCAAGUC